AUGACUGGAGGGAGGAAUAAUACAAUCACCAAGUUCAUUCUUGUGGGAUUCUCAGAUUUUCCCAAGCUCAAGCUCAUUCUCUUCAUUAUAUUCUUGGGGACCUACCUCUCCACAGUGGUGUGGAACCUGUGUCUCAUCAUCUUGAUUAGGAUCAACCCCUACCUACAUACUCCUAUGUACUUUUUCCUCAGUAAUUUAUCAUUUUUAGAUUUCUGCUAUGUUACCUCUACAACCCCUAAAAUGCUCUCAGGAUUCUUCCAGAAGCACAGAUCCAUCACCUUCGUGGGGUGCACCAUGCAGUACUUCGUCUUCUCAAGCCUGGGUCUGGCUGAGUGCUGUCUUCUGGCAGCCAUGGCUUAUGACCGGUAUGCUGCCAUUUGUAAUCCUCUGCUCUACACAGCCAUCAUGUCCCCCUCCCUCUGCGUGCACAUGGUGGUUGGAGCCUACAUCACUGGUCUCCUCGGUUCUUUGAUCCAACUCUGUGCUAUAGUUCAGCUCCAUUUCUGUGGACCAAAUAUUAUCAACCAUUUCAUUUGUGACUUGCCUCAAUUAUUAGUCUUAUCCUGCUCUGAAACCUUUCCCCUACAAGUCCUGAAGUUUGUGAUAGCAGUUAUUUUUGGCCUGGCAUCUGUCUUAGUCAUCCUGAUCUCUUAUGGUUAUAUUUUUGGCACCAUCUUGAAGAUCAGCUCAGUAGAAGGCAGGUCAAAAGCCUUCAAUACCUGUGCAUCUCACUUGACAGCAGUCACCCUCUUUUUCGGAUCAGGACUCUUUGUUUAUAUGCACCCCAGCUCUGACAUUUCUAAGGGUUAUGACAAGAUGGCAUCAGUCUUCUAUACAGUGGUUAUUCCCAUGUUGAAUCCUUUGAUUUACAGUCUGAGGAACAAAGAAAUCAAAGAUGCCCUCAAGAGGUGUAAGAAGAGGUGCUUUUCUUAUUUCCACUGUUAA